UAGAAUUGUGUCAGUUAGCUAACUAUGCUUUGUCUGUUUGUGCUUCUUGCUCUUUGUCUUUUAGAUUAGCUUAAACAAAACCAACCGCUUCAGCCAAGACUAUUCAGUAUUCACAAUCUCUCUCUCUCUCUUCAAUUAUUUAAUGAAGAAGCCCUCCUGACACCAAAAUAGUGAAGAGGAGGAAUCCCAAAAUCUGGGAUUUUCAGAGAAUCUAGGACAGAUUGCUUCUGUGUGUUUUCUCUUUCCACCAGGGGAGAGAGAGAGGUUACAAGAAUUGGUGAGAAAUGCAGACCGUUCCUUCUAUAACAAGAGUAGUGAAUGGCAGCAGCUUCAGUCUCAAUAUCUCUCUCAAAAUCAAGAAUCUCAAGCCCCACUCCUUUUCCACUCCUUCCAAGAUUUUGAAUUGUGAAAUUCCUAACUCUCCUUCACCCCCACAUGUGUCGGGGCUUUGCAGGGCAAGUCAAGUGGCUGAGCUAUUCCCGACAACGUCUCCUGAGAUUGUUGUUCGGGAGGCUAGGAUAGAGGACUGUUGGGAAGUGGCUGAGACGCACUGCAGUUGCUUCUUUCCCGAAUACUCUUUCCCUCUAGACUUUGUGUUGAGAUUCGACAGGCUUGUUGGCAUGCUGUUUGGGUUCUCGAUACCUAAGGGCUGCGAAAGAACCUGCCUGGUUGCCGUGAUUGGGAGGUCUGGUGAAGAUUCGUUUUUUAUAGGGAGCGAUGAGUUCAAAAUCGGAGGUCUUGAGGGGAAGAUUAGUCUGAACAAAGGGUACGUUGCUGGGAUUCUUACUGUUGAUACUGUAGCCGAUUUUUUACCAAGAAAAGGACCUCUUCGACAGAGAAGGAGAGGAGUUGCAUACAUAUCAAACGUUGCUGUGAGGGAGAAUUUCCGUAGAAAGGGGAUUGCAAAGCAGCUAAUAGCUAAAGCCGAGGCAAAGGCUAAAGCGUGGGGAUGCCGUGCCAUUGCUUUGCAUUGUGAUCUCAGCAACCCGGGAGCCACGAAGCUCUACACUAGCCAGGGUUUCAAGAUCAUCAAGAUCCCAGAGGGGGCCAACUGGCCUCAUCCAAGGCUUGCAGCCGAUGUGCAGUUCAACUUCAUGAUGAAGCUCCUCGACUCCAAAUUAAACCCUCCAAGUAAUAUUUAGGUAACAAAAAGAAAAUAUACGCGAUUUUUAUUGUGAACAAUUGCCAAAAUAAAAUAAAAUGGAGAGUAGGAUGGAGAUAAGAUGUAGAUAUUGGAUAAGUUUUGGUGGUGGAAUGUAGUGAUUGUGGCUGUUAGAUGUUGUACGUUGUGAAAUUUGUUUGUUAUAAGAUAUGUGAUGGUAAAAGGCAGCAGUCAGCAAA